GAAGAACGUGAAAAGAAUGAAAUAAUGAAGGAACAGAUGAAACGUGGGCUAGAGGAAGCAGAACUUGAGGACCACCACUGGAGUGCACCAAUUGAUCUGCAGCACUGGCUUCAGCUUACCUAUGAACGGGAAAGGAUAGCAUUUGAGAAGAAGCAGUGUGCCGCCCGUGAACAAUUUACCAUGGCCAGGGAAUUGUGUGAAAAGCUCAACCGUCAACGUCGCAGCCUAAUGGGAAUGCUUGCAUCUGUUCAUGGAAAAAUGGACAAUGUUGACCAGUCUAUAAGUCAAGCCAGAACCAUUAUGGAAGAAGUAACCCAGGAGCUGCGUGAAAGAGAACAGCGUUGGCGAAAUAUAGAAAUUUUAGCAGGCUGUACCAUAACUACAAAUGCUGGGAUACACACACUGGAAUUGAUGCUUCGUCCACAAGUUAAUGGUCGCCCUCACUCCACCUAUGCUCCUAGUAUAGUAGGAACUCCUCUUCAUAGUGGUUCAAAUGCUAUCUGUGGAGGAGGCGACACCAACCAAGAAGGUAACCUAAAUUAUCCUUGGCAGCUACCAUAAGCAGUAUUAUAUUUCUAACCAUUGUAAUCUAAGUAUUGUAUGUUAAAACAUGUUAUUUCCGGUAAUUUUUGGACUGAGAUCAUGUUGAUUAUGAGUAACUUGUGUAUUAGACUUUUUAACAACAGUGUAGACCUAUACAGAACAUGGAAUUUUAAACAAAUUGAGCAAUUUUGCAGCAGGUUAUAAAAAAAAGUGACAAUUUUUGUGGAGAAAAAUGGCACAUGCCAAAAUAUCGCAUAGUCAAACAACAGUAAGUCGGGAUUGACUGGGGCCAUUGGUGAUCUGACCUAAUCUUGCCAUCUGACCUGACCUGAUACCGAAAUUAAGGGGAAAAAAUUCAAAGAUAAA